AUGGCUGAGGAUCAGGUGAAAAUCGCUCUUUUCACGAAAGAGGACGAUGAGCUGCUUCACGUCUCGGAUGCUCCAUUGUUCGUGCCUGCCACUUUAAAGCGUUACGGUCUUUCUGAGAUUGUCAACCAUCUUUUGGCUAAGGAAGACGAUGAGACCAAGCCUAUUCCAUUUGACUUCUUGAUUGACGGUCAGCUUUUGAGAACUUCUCUUAGCGAGUACCUCGUGAAGAAUGGUUUGUCCAGUGAAACGUUCUUGCACGUUGAAUAUACCCGUGCUGUGCUUCCGCCUUCGUUCUUGGCUUCCUUCAACAACGAGGACUGGGUUUCUUCUGUGGAUACUAUCAACAACGACUCUGCUGCUAUCAAGUCGAUCUCUGGCGCUUUUAUCCCAGGCCCUCAGAUCUUGUCUGGAUCUUACGACGGUGUGGUCAGAACUUAUAAUAUGUCUGGUCAGGUUGACAAGCAGUACGUGGGCCAUCUGGCACCAGUGAGAGCUGUGAAGUGGAUUUACGCUCAUAGAGUUGUUUCUGCUGGUAAUGAUCGUCAGCUUCGGUUGUGGAAAACAGCUGCUGACCCUACGGCAGAGCUAGACGACGAGGAGCCAGAGUCUGCAAAGACCUUGGCCAUUCUCGAUGCCCACAAGGCCCCAGUGGUCUCUUUAGACGUUCACCAAAAGAGCCAGCGUAUUCUUUCUGCUGGCCAGGACAACAUUGUCGGCGUCUGGUCGACCAACCCCAAAGACAUGACUUCUGUCGAGCCAUAUGCCUCGGCCACAUCAUUAGCAUCCUCAGCAUCGAAAAAGAGAAGAAAGAUGGCGCUCAAGGACUCGAAUGUCAACCACAAAGCACCAUUGUCGCUUUUAGAAGGUCAUCUGCAGCCAGUCGAAGGCGUGAUCUUCGAUGCUGCUGACCAGACGGUCGCCUACUCGGUUUCCCAGGACCAUACCGUCAGAACCUGGGAUUUGGUCACGUCAAAAUGUGUCGACACAAGAAGCACGGGCUUUUCGUUACUUUCUAUUGCACAGUUGCCGCUGGUGAAUUUGCUAGCUACAGGCUCUUCAGCCAGACACAUCAACCUCCAUGAUCCUAGAGCGCUGGAAGGAGCCACAGAGCUACAGACAACGAAGCUUUUGGGCCACACCAACUUUGUUGUUAGCUUGGCGCCUUGCCCCACCAAUCCUAACAUGUUUGCAUCUGCCUCCCACGACGGUACCGUCAGAGUGUGGGACGUCAGGUCCAACCAGUCAUUGUACAGUAUUAAAAGAGAGUCUGGCACCCAAACCAAGGUGUUUGGCGUUGCUUGGGAUAAGGAAAUCGGCAUUGUCAGCGGUGGUGAGGACAAGAAGGUCCAGAUCAACAAGGGUAACGACAUUGCCAAAAACUAA